CAGACACUAGCAGUAUCACGUACUAUAGGCUCCAUCCUAUUACCCAGUGGUUAGACGCAACCGCAGGUAAUUACAGUACAUCCCAAGUAUUGCUGCAGCCUGACGCAACAUCUCCCCUCCUCCAGGAGCCUCCAGGAAUUGACCUCCUCAGUGUCUGUAGGCUUCUCAAUCUCCUCACUCUCUUCAACCCACUCGUGGAGUCGGCGCCCCUAUAAUUAUAGUUUCCACCCGGUAGCUGCCUACUUUAGGUACUUCCACAUCCUGCACGACACCCGUACGUCCCCAAUUGUUGUCUCCGUCAUCUUUCCAAAUAUUUCCAAGGAUUGACGCCCCAAUAGCCUGCUUAUUAUUCUUAUUAUUGACGCUCUGCGCCGCAAUCAACAGUCACCCCAUUACUUUCCCCAACCUCAUCUUUUAUUUCUUUCUUGACGCUCACUGCCUGAGUCUUUCCUGUUCGUGGUUUGCAACAAACAGUCUGCACUCAAAGCUCCUUCCUUGCGACACAUCUGCCACGUCCGCCACCAUCGCGGCCACCCCUCCCCCACCUUCCUCCUUCGCCUGCCACCGAAAACCCGCAACCGUCUGCGCCCACCAGCAAGAUGGCUGCCAUCCUCAAACUCACUCGCAAGUAUCCUCAAUUUCAACAGCAGGAGAUCUUUGCCCUGCAAGACGCCUUUCGAAAACUCGAUGUUGACGACAAAGGCUACUUGGACGAAGCCACGGUCAUCAAGGCCGCCCAGCAGUCCGAGAGACAGUCGUACGAUGCUGUCAGACAGGCCUUGAAAGAAGUAGAGCUCGACAGCUCCCGGCGGGUCGAACUCGAAGACUAUGUCGACCUCAUCGCCAAAGUCCGCGAUUCAUCUCCCGCACAACAGCGUGCCGUUUCGGGUUCCCAGAGGCCCGCCGCAGCUGGCCCCAUACCAACCAGCCCUCGACAUGGCUCGAAACCAAGUCUGGGUGGAGGAUCCGUGGGAAGAAUCCAAGUGCAAGGCUCCUCGGCCAACGUAACACACACAAUCAACGAAGAGGAACGUACAGCGUUCACCACUCACAUCAACGCCGUUCUUGCCGGAGAUCCCGACAUCGGCCAUCUUCUUCCCUUUCCUACCGACACCUUCGAGAUGUUUGAUCAGUGCAAAGAUGGUUUGGUUCUGUCCAAGCUCAUCAACGACAGUGUCCCUGACACAAUUGACGAACGAGUCCUGAACAAACCCGGCAAGAAGAUAAAGACCCUGAAUGCUUUCCACCAAACCGAAAACAACAACAUCGUUAUCGAGUCAGCCAAGGGUAUUGGCUGCUCCGUGGUCAAUAUUGGCGCUGGAGACAUUAUCGAGGUCAGAGAACAUUUGAUUCUGGGUCUGAUUUGGCAAAUUAUCCGCCGGGGACUCUUGGGCAAAAUUGACAUCAAGCUUCACCCUGAACUCUAUAGGUUGCUCGAGGAUGACGAAACCUUGGAACAAUUCCUGCGACUCCCCCCGGAGCAGAUUCUAUUGCGGUGGUUCAAUUAUCAUCUGAAAAAUGCCGGUUGGCAACGCAGGGUCACCAACUUUUCUGGCGAUGUCAAAGAUGGCGAAAAUUACACAGUUCUGUUGAAUCAACUGAAGCCCGAAUAUUGCUCAAGAGCCCCUCUGCAGACCCGCGACCUCCUCCAACGCGCCGAAGAAGUGCUGCAAAAUGCCGAAAGGAUUGACUGCCGCAAAUUCCUCACCCCAACCGCACUUGUGGCCGGCAAUCCCAAACUCAACCUGGCUUUCGUGGCCAAUCUCUUCAACACCCACCCUGGUCUUGAUCCCCUCGAAGAAGGCGAAAAGCCUGAAAUUGAAGACUUUGAUGCUGAAGGCGAGCGAGAGGCACGUGUCUUCACUCUUUGGCUCAAUUCUUUGGAUGUUCAGCCAACCGUCAACUCGUUUUGGAACGAUCUCCGUGAUGGAACCGUCUUAUUACAGGCAUACGAAAAAGUCAUCCCAGGCAGUGUCAACCAGCGUCACGUGAACAAACCACCAGCUCACGGCGGAGAGAUCUCGCGCUUCAAGGCUGUCGAGAACACCAAUUAUGCGGUCGAGUUGGGCAAGCAGAACCACUUUUCCCUUGUCGGCAUUCAAGGUGCAGAUAUCACGGAUGGCCAGAAGACAUUGACGCUGGGUCUGGUGUGGCAGUUGAUGCGGAGAGAUAUUGUCAGCACACUAUCUGGCCUUGCACAGCGCAUGGGCAAGCGUGAUUUAUCAGACUCUGACAUCAUCAAAUGGGCCAACCAGACAGCCCAAAAAGGAGGCAAGAACACACAGAUUCGAACUUUCAAGGAUCCCGCCGUCACCAGCGGCGUCUUCCUACUCGAUGUUUUGAAUGGUAUCAAGGCAAACUAUGUGGAUUAUGAUCUGGUGACGCCUGGCAAGACACAUGAAGAUGCCUACUCGAACGCCAAGCUAUCAAUCAGCAUUGCCAGAAAACUUGGUUCAACCAUCUACCUUCUGCCAGAUGAUAUUGUUGAGGGUCGGCCCCGUUUGGUCCUGACUUUUGUUGGUGAGUCCUUUUCUGUGGUUUUCCAAAAAUCUUCCCUUUUACUAGGCUGACGUGAUUGUAUAGGUGCCCUCAUGCGAACUGCGGAGAAGGCUGGAGCGUAAAUGCCAGGAAGCUCACCAUGUGACGCGUUUGACUGGAGAGGAGAUGUCUUUUUGAGUUCAAACACAACUUGCGUUAGCGGGCAAUAAGCCGUUUGACUCUAUGUUGGCAGUGAAAAAUUCUACGUUUACAUAACUGAGAUCCAUGCAUCUUCUUCUGACCAAUUCUCGAUUCAGCCACUCUACUAAGAGGGGAUCACGGCCACAACAUGCAUAAUCACUGAAUGUGCGGAGCCGAGUGGCAUCCUGCUACACGAUAGUAAACUCCAAUGGUGGUUACAGUCGAGCAGAGCUUAUGCAUUGACACUAUCUCGCUAAGUUACGCAUAGCUCUAGGCUCAGAUUGGCUUCUCGCCUUGGUUAUUAUACACAUCACACUGUCCACCUUCAUGUAGAUCUAUCCUGUUUCUGUUGCCAACACUCCACAGAAGAACUUCAACCAGGACAUGGCUUUGGUAGGCCUCUAACAGCAAGUCCAACAUACCAGCGCCGC